GGGCCCGGGGCUGAGAGGCAAAGUUGCCGGGCGGCUGCGGAGCCGCUCAGGGGCAGCGCGAGGCUCCCGCGGCCCCUCGCGGUUCCCCCCCUCGCGGCCGUACCUCACGGCGGCCCCGCACCGCGGCCCCGCACCGCCGCCGGCUGCCCGCGAUGGCGUGCGCCCAGCUGCUGGCGAUGUGCCUGCUGCCGGCCAAGCCCGGCGCCGCGCCGCGCCGGGAGCCGCUCCCCAUCUUCCACGACAUUUUCCGGCGAGCCGACAAGAACGAUGAUGGGAAACUGUCAUUUGAGGAGUUCAAGAACUAUUUCGCUGAUGGGAUCCUGAGCUCGGAGGAGCUGUGGGAGUUGUUCAGUGGCAUUGACAGGCGUCAUUCAGACAACGUGGACACAGAGAAGCUGUGUGAUUAUUUCUCAGCGUAUCUUGGGGAGUACAGGAACGUGCUUUCUGCACUGGAAACGCUCAACUCUGCUGUCCUGGCAGCCAUGGACAAAACCAAGCUGAGGUACGAGACCUCCUCCAAGACGGAGCAGUUCCUGACCCGCUUCCUGCUGCGGGAGACCAUGCACCAGCUGCAGUCCCUGCAGGGCUCGCUCGAGUGUGCCGUGGACACCAUGGAGGAGCAGGCGGGGCGGGAGAGGAAGGACGUAAAGAAGUCGGAGACCUCCAUGGGCCUGAGGUCAGGGAGGCGGUGUGGGCGCAGAGGGCAGAAGAACGUCUGUCUGUCCCCGACGGACCCCUACUCCGGGAUGCUGACCACAGGCAUUUGUGUCGAAGCUGACAGCCAGUGGAUGGCCCAGAUCACCAGGCUCCAGCAGCUCAUCGAGAAACUGGAGUGCAAGAGCCCACGCUUGGAGCCCCUGAAGGAGGAAGCAGCGUGCAAAGGAAGAGAUGAGCACAUCCUGGUGGCCAAGAGGCAGAUCUCGGUGGCGAAGAGCGGCGUUGAGGAGUUCCGCCAGGCGUUCAGGUCCUACACCGAGGUCACCGCCGGGCAGAGCAGCUGCCUGCACGUGUCUGCCUGCAAGCUGACGGACGAGGCCUGCUUCAUCCUCUACGAAUUCUGGCAGGACGUGACUUCGUGGAGGAGCCACUUGCAGUCCAGCUACAGCAAGACUUUCCAGCGCGCCAUCAUCAGCUUGCUGGAGUCCCCGGAGCUGCUGACCACCAUGCUCUUCCCAGCAUCCUGGUGGAUCAUGAACAACAACUGACCCUGGCGAACAGCAGCUCCCAGGACGCAGCUGGCACGCAGAAGGACGCAGAGCCCCCUGCACAGCCACCGCCUUCGCUAGCGUUUGUCACCGCCGCCUCCCUGCCCUGCGUCCGGUGCAGCGUGCUCACCUCCUGCAGUCUGGGGGCUGCCCGCCCCUCAGCUCUGGCAGUUUUACCCUUUUGCUCGUUUCGCGUGAUUUAUUUAUUCCUCUUCCUCCUGGUGCCGAGGACAGCGUGCGGGGAUGGGCUGGGGGACGUGGCACGGCAAGGGUGGCUCUGGCCCGCUGUCACAUCCCUGUCCCUGACCCCUCAGAGCCACCCCUGGGUGAGCAGUGGUUUUGUCCAGGGAGCUGGGCUGGCUCGUGCUGUGAAUAGUGUUUUAUAGGAGAAAAAAAAAGGAUUCAGUAAAGGCAA